CCCUCUCCCUCCCACAAACUCUCUCCUGAGAAAACAAAGCUGAUCUGAGUAUCUGUCUGUGUGAGAGUGAACAACAGUCCAAAUGGCUCAGCAAGGAGUUCUCCUGGAUCAGGACCAGUUCUGUUGUUCUGUCUGUCUGGAUCUACUGAAGGAGCCAGUCACUACUGCCUGUGGACACAGUUACUGUUGGAGGUGUAUUGAGGACUGCUGGGAUAAGAAUGUUCUGAAAGGGGUCUAUAGCUGUCCCCAGUGCAGACAGACCUUCACUCCAAGGCCUACUCUGAGGAAAAAUAACAUGUUGGCUGAGGUAGUUGAGAAACUGAAGAAGACAGUACUCCAGGCUGCUACCCCUCCUACUCUGUGCUAUGCUGGUCCUGGAGAUGUGGUGUGUGAUUUCUGCACUGGGACCAGAAAGCAGAAAGCCCUCAUGUCCUGUCUGGCGUGUUUGGCCUCUUACUGUGAGACUCACCUCCAACCUCACUAUGAAGUUCCUGCCUUUAAGAAGCACAAAUUGAUUAAAGCCACAGCUCGACUACAGGAGAAGAUCUGCUCUCAUCAUGACAAACUGCUGGAGUUUUACUGUCGUACACAUCAGCAGUGUAUCUGUGUGCUGUGUGUGAUGGAUGUACAUAAAGGCCAUGAUACAGUGUCGGCUGCAGCAGAGAGAACUGAGAAACAGGUCCCUACACCGGCUCAGAAGGAUCCUGUGAUGGCGGGACAUUUCCUGGCGACAGUCGUCCUUGCAGUGUUUCUGCCGUUAAAGGUUCAACGCAGAUUAAAGAAGCAACUGGGGAUGAGUCAGCAGAAGGUCCAGCAGAGAGUCCAGAAGAGAGAGAAGGAGUUGAAGGAGCUCCAACAGGCUGUGGAGUCUCUCAAGCACUCUGCACAGGCAGCAGUGGAGGACACUGAGAAGAUCUUUACUCAGCUGAUCCGCUCCAUUGAGAGAAGGUGCUCCGAAGUGAAGGAGCUGAUCAGAGCCCAAGAGAAGGCUCAAGCGAGUCAAGCUGAAGGACUUCUGGAGCAACUGAAGCAGGAGAUAGCUGAGCUGAGGAAGAGAAACGCUGAGUUGGACCAUCUCUCACACACAGAGGACCACAUCCAUUUCCUGCAGAGUUAUCAGUCUCUCUCCAGUCCCAGUGUUUCUUCAGACUUACCCAGCAUCACUGUCCGUCCUCUUCAGUACUUUGGAUAUGUGAGUAAGACUGUGUCUGAGCUGAGAGAGAAACUAGAAUACUUCCUUAAAAGAGAAUGGACCAAGAUCUCGACUACAGUGGAUGUUUUGCCUACAGAGCCCAAGACCAGAGAACAGUUCUUACAAUAUUCCUGUCAGCUCACACUGGACCCAAACACAGCAUGUGAAGAACUCUUUCUGACUGAAGGGAAGAGAAAGGUCACCUUUACAGAUCAAGCCCAAUCAUAUCCUAACCAUCCAGACAGAUUCACCAACUACUACCAGGUUCUGUGUAGAGAGGGUCUGUCUGGAUGCUGUUACUGGGAGGUGGAGUGGAGUGGGCACUGGGUUCAUACAGCAGUCUCAUAUAAAGACAUCAGCAGAACAAGGGCAGGUCAUGCAUUCGGAUCCAAUGACAAGUCCUGGAGUUUAGGGUGCUCUACGGGUGGUUAUCGUUUCAUACACAAUAAUGUUGUGACUAAUGUACCGGGCCCUUGGUCCUCCAGAGUGGGAGUGUACCUGGAUCACAAGGCAGGUACUCUGUCCUUCUACAGCAUCUCUGACACAAUGACCCUCCUCCACAAAGUCCACACCACAUUUCCUCAGCCCCUCUAUCCUGGGUUUCGUCUCUAUGGAGCUAAUGAUACUGCUGAGCUGUGUAAACUGUGGUAGGGGCCCACAUAGAUACUAGUCAUGCUGGUGGUGACAGUCCCCAUAUGUGAUGCUUCAUUCGGCUUAGUUCUUUUUCUGCAGUUACUUCAUCGGACUGAUUAGAUCUUCAGAGAUGUAAUUAAUAAAAAUGUAAUGUAUUUAUAUUCUAUCAAAUGGAAUGUUUUAAUCUUGUACAUUCACCAUGGUGUAUGUUUGUGAUGUAUAUUGGUUUGCAUUGAGCGCCAUUGAUGUGUUUUCUAUUGGUCAUCCAUCUCUAUGCAAUUUUUCUCAGUGGCAUGGAACAGGUAGUUUCACUUACUUGCUAACUAUACUAUUUGGGAUGGUUUCCCGGACACAGAUUAAGCCUAGUACUAGAUUUAAAAACAUGUUCAAUGGAGCUGUCCGGGAAACCAGCCCUAAAUUUGGCAAAUUUGAUGCACCCAUAAUUUUCAGGCGCAACGUUAAACCUAUCCAGCAGGUGGUGCUACUGACCAAACAAAAAACUGCAAAUAUCUUGAUUUGCCAGUCAAUAUAUUGUGCUAAUAUCGUUGUAGAUGUAUCGUCAAUCAACUAUCCCGAGUUAAGAAUAGAUUAAGUUAGGCCUUCUAUUGUUCAGUGAUUAAAAAAUAUUUCUGGUGAUGGGAAAUAAAUACAACAAAAACAA